ACAGACAGACACACACCCUAGCACCCUAGUUGAAAUGCAUCUCAACCCGGGAAUUAACAAAUCAUAAAUCAGCAGAUUUCCAUCCAGUGUGGACGUCACAGAUCAGGUUUAACAUUCUUCCUCUGCAGCUGGAAGGGAGGCUGCAGGGAGAAUGGUGGAGAUAGGGAGAGAGGGAGAGAGAGAGCGAGACAGACAGACAGACAGAAAGAAAGGAAGAAAGAAGCACAAUAGUAGGCCAAAUCUGACUUUAUGGACUCCAUGGCCUCACAAAGUGUUUAUGUCAAUACGUGGGUUUAUGAGUGUGUGUGUGUUUGUUAGUUAUUUUGAUUAAAGUUAUGGUUAGGUUUUGGUUUAUUGUCAACAUACUGCCUAGUUUACUAAAGUCAGCCAACAUUUGAAUGUACAGUAUUUUUUUAGAAUGUCUUCAGUGGAGAGGAUGUAUACAUAUGCAAAGAGGGAACACUGCGCAAUAUUAACAAUUAAUGAAGUCGUGUUGAACUUGGUUGAAGAGGCCACUUUUUGUGUUUGAGGUGGAUAAUUGGGAUACAUAUUGAUGAUAUUAAAUAUAUUUCAACAAAAAUAGAGAAGCAACCCUCUUUUGUCCUUUGCCUCUGGUCGGUAAUUGUUUUAGAGAACAAUUCACUCGGCCCUGAUUGCAUCACUGUAUCUUGCCACAGCUGUUAUGGUGCAAUAGAAGUGCAUAAUGACGCAGUAAUGUGCCUUAGCGGCUUUUAUGGCAUAGUAAAAGCUAGUUCAUAUUUGUGACGUCCGACACAUCAUUGAUGUUGUUAUUUUAAUUGUUUUUAGGCAUAUUAUUGAUAUUAGUAGGCCUACUGGUAGUAGCAGUAGUGUUAUAAUUGCUGUGGUUAUAUUUGUCCAUGUAGGCCUAAUUGCGGAUGGAAAAGCUGUUAUUAUUAUUAUUGUUAGUUGUCUGCGGUGUUAAAUAUUUCAUUAAUAAUGGGUUAUUUAUUGGGGUUUAUGGUCACAGACUCCUAAUUUCCAGCCUAAGCAAAAGUCAGAUAACAGGCCUGUGUGACAAAAGACACACACACUCACAGGGAGAGAGAAGGAGGGAGACAGAGAAUAUUAUAGAACAGCCGUAAGAACUACUUUCUGCUUCUCCUUCUCUUUUUGUCUUUUUAAUCAGUGCAAUAAAUUAUGUCUGCAGUAGGUGGCGCUCUGAGCUCACCCCCGGCUCCUCCAGCAGCAGAAUAAAGGGUGAGAGAGAGAGAGAAAAGAGAGAGAGAGUUCCCCCACCCACCCCGUCAUCAUUAGAAACCUCAGAGCAUGAAUUACCUCCAAAGUCAUCGGCGAGAAUUUACGACUGGUCAACAAAAGCACGUGACCGCACCUCCUACUUCUCUCUGUCUCUCUCUCCUCCCUCACCUCACCCCUCACCUCCCCCAUCACACACACCCCUCAAUCCAAUACACUCUCACACACACACACACACACACUACCCCACCCCCAUAUUUGGACGGCGCAUACAUAGCUAAAAACGAAGUACAGUGCAACGCCAUAAUUCACUAAUACAUCAUAAAUCGUUGAAAGUACCCGCGUUAUAACGACCGAGGGAAAUCUAACAAAUCAAGCGCCCCUUACUACUCAACUGUAAGCCUGCAACUCUCUAAAACAACCUAAAUGAGCUCUUACUUUGUAAACUCGUUCUCGGGGCGCUACCCAAAUGGCCCCGACUAUCAACUGCUAAAUUAUGGAGCCAGCAGCGGCGCAUUGAACGGCGGGACGUACAGGGACUCUUCCUCCGCCACCAUGCACCAUGCGACGGGCUCUUACGGCUACAGCUAUAAUGGCAUGGACCUGACCGUCACUAACCGUGGAGGGGGGAGCAGCAGCGCCGCCAACACCGGAGGACACUUUGGGAGCGGCUCGGUCGUCGGGGAUUCCCUGGGCUUCGGCUCCCCAGCCCCGGAGAGGGGCUUCAGACAGCCGUCCAGCUGCUCCCUUGCCUCUGCGGCAGACUCCCUCCUGUCACCCGGUAGUGGAGACACCAAGCUGGGCGCCCAGAGCUCGUCUCCCCGCUCGGAGCAACCAGGAGGCAGUAAUCUCAGCUCUCCAAACCUGUCCUCCACCUCGUCCGUCUGUGGUGGCGGCGGCGGCGGCACGGCGCAGCGCUUCACGGAGCUGGAUGAUUCGCCGCCAGAGUCCAAGGAGUUGCAGCACAACCGUGACGCCGGCCACGGCAACAACCCGCCCCCCAGGACCGGGCACCCGCAACCCGUGCAGAAGCAGGAGGGCGGCCCGGCUGGAUCAGCCGCUGGCAGCACGACGGGCAGCGAGGCACAGUCACCACAGAUAUUCCCCUGGAUGAGAAAGCUGCACAUUAGCCAUGAUAUGACGGGCCCGGACGGGAAACGGGCGCGGACGGCGUACACCCGCUACCAGACUCUCGAGUUGGAGAAGGAGUUUCACUUCAACCGGUACCUCACGCGGCGAAGACGGAUCGAAAUUGCGCACGCGCUCUGCCUUACGGAGCGGCAGAUCAAGAUCUGGUUCCAAAACCGGAGGAUGAAGUGGAAGAAAGACAACAAACUGAAAGGCAUGAGCCUCGCCACCGCCGGCAGCGCCUUCCAACCCUAGAAAUUACCCAGUAAAAACGUCUAGAGACAGAAAAAGCCAUCAGAAAAUGGAACAAAAGGAGACGGUGAUGAAGACACAUGUGUAUAACAAACAGAUUCCAAAUCUAGAUUUUAAAAACCCUUCCUAUCAUCAACUAAGUACUGUACAACAGCGCAGCACUUUUUAUUUGUUCGGCAUGUUGGUCUUUGGUGUUUUAGGGCAACGUAAAAAAAUGACUGUGGUACUUGCUCUUGUAAAAAAACGAAAACAUAGUGUUCCUGUAUGUUGUCGUCGUUUUUAACAUAGCUGUCCGGAGGAGAGGACUCAAGAUAAGGAAAGGAUGAAUAGUGCUACCCAACAACGUUUAUACCCACGUCCUACCUUACAACCUUGCUACCUACCUGUUGUUUAAUGUCUAAAUAUCGUUUUAUGUGUGAGGUGCGAUGUUUUGUAAUUGACGAAGUGCUUUCUAGAGAAGUUAGCAUGUAAGCUCUUAUUGUAAGUUAUUUACAGCCAAUAACGCGUGUAUAGCCUACUAGUUUGAGUCCCCCUUCCUCUCUCUCUGUCAGUUACUUACCAUUCAAAUCUGGUCCUAUUUUUAUUGAGGAAGCAGGGAAUGUGUGUGUGUGUGUGUGUGUGUGUGUGUACGUGUGUGUGUGUGCGCGCGCGCGUUUGUGUGUGUGUUUGUCUAAAUACAAACCAGCCCUACCUACAUCUCCGUAUCAAUUCAUAAUGUUGUGUAUAGCGCUAUUAUUCGAAAAAGUUUAACUGUAUAUUAUUGUUAUUAUUAUUGUAAUUAUUGGAUCCAUGUUUCAGAAAGGAUGUAUAUAGAUAUAUAUUGACAUUUUUAAAUGUGACCAGUUGGCUAUUUGUGGUUGCAGUGUGUGAGUGCGUGCGUGCUUGCGUGCAGCGUGUGAGAGCGUAUGUGUGUGUGAGGGAAAUGUCUAACGUCCUGUGAGGCCUGUAAGCUUUCUCACAAUGAGCUUUUUGUAUUUGUUUGUAACUUGGAGUAAAAAAAAAAAACAACAAUAAAAUCCCUCAUACUCAUCAAAA